AUGUUACUUAAUCUACAUAUAUAUCUCUCUAUAACGAAGGGGUUUUGUGCCCCUUGUUUUUUUUGUGCUUCUAUCAUUUCAUUUUCAGGGAUUCUUUUUCUCUCCCAGGCUCUUAAGCAGUCUAGGCUAAAGACACGUAGUCCCAGAUCACCUGUAUUUGGAAUGAUGUGGCUGACUGAAUUUACUCGCCAGAUGCCUCCUCGUUUACAUCAUUGGUGUGACCAAGGGGAUAACUUGCAACGUUAUGGAUGGCUGAAGCAUGAUGGCAUUAAUUUUGGUGUGCAAGAAAUUGUAGAAGAUCAGUACACCAUCAGGACAGAAUUUGUCAAAAGGCCUGGAGGGGAUUAUGGUGGAGAUUGGACAGCAAGAGUAAAACUUAUUCCAAAAACUUCUAUAAGACCUGUGUUUUCAAUUCCUGCUGUUGUAUUCUUUAAAAAAAAUUUACCCUCAUUUCUUCCAUUUUCUGUUUUUUUCUUUCUUUUUACCAAAACUUGA